AUGCGCACCAUCCAGCUGAUGAAUUCCGAGGCCCAGGCAAACAAUAAGAAGGCAGGCCGUGCAGCCAUGCACUUUGCCGAAGCGCACUCCUUGAUACCCGACGGGCAAUGCAGCUCACGCAAACGUCAUCAAGCAAUUGACCUGGCCUUGUCUAAACAAUUAGUGUGGGAUCUACUGAUCCUUCAACGCCGCGCAGUGGGGUGGAUCUCGAACAAUGCCAAGUCCUGCUUUGACCGUGUUGUCCACUGGGUGGCCAUUGUCACAAUGUUGCGGUUUGGCUUGACAUGGCGUGUCCUAUCAUCGAUGUUCAACAUGCUCUCCUCCACUACCCACCGUGUUCGCACAGGUUUUGGUGACUCCAAGAGAAGCUUUCGCCCUCCGUCAGCGGUGCCAUUCCAAGGUUGUGGGCAAGGAAAUGGUGCCGGACCCCCCAUUUGGAUCUCGGUGAGCUCGGUGUUAAUCACAGUGAUGGAAGCAAUGGGCUAUGGAUUUGAGUGUCUUUUGGUGUUAGAGUCACAACUAGUGACAGCCCAAUGUUUCUGUUUUGUUGACGAUAUGGACGUGAUUGAAGCAGGUGACACGGAAUGUAAAAUACGUCGUGUAGCGAUAGACUUACUAGGAGGAUGA